CAGACCCGGGGCGGGGCGCGGCAGACCCGGGGCGGUGCGCGGCGCCGCAGCUGGAUGGCCGGGGCCGCCAGGAGCAUUGCCGCCGCCGCCGUACGCACGUGGCAUGCCUGGAUGUCCCUGCCCUGGCUGUGGCAUGGCGGGCCAAAGGCUCCUCUUUCUCACUGCUGUUGCCCUGGAGCUCCUGGGAGGGGCUGGGGGUUCCCAACAGGCCCUCCGGAACCGGGGGGCUGCAGCGGCCUGUCGCCUAGACAACAAGGAAAGCGAGUCCUGGGGAUCCCUGCUGAGCGGGGAGAGGCUGGACACUUGGAUCUGCUCCCUCCUGGGCUCCCUCGUGGUGGGACUCAGCGGGGUCUUCCCGUUACUGGUCGUUCCCCUGGAGAUGGGGACCACGCUGCACUCGGAAGCUGGGGCCCGGCGCCUGAAGCAGCUGCUCAGCUUUGCCCUGGGGGGACUCUUGGGCAAUGUGUUUCUCCACCUGCUGCCCGAGGCCUGGGCCUACACGUGCAGUGCCAGCCGUGGUGGUGAGGGGCAGAGCCUGCAGCAGCAGCAACAACUGGGGCUGUGGGUCAUUGCUGGCUUCCUGACCUUUUUGGCUUUGGAGAAGAUGUUUCUGGACAGCAAGGAGCAGGAGAGGACCAGCCAGGCCCCCAGCAAAGACCCCGCUGCUGCUGCCGAGCUCAAUGGAGGCCACUAUCUGGCCCAGCCGGCUGCAGAACCCGGCCUGAGCGCCGUGGUCCGGAGCAUCAAAGUCAGUGGCUAUCUCAACCUCCUGGCCAACACCAUAGACAACUUCACUCACGGGCUAGCUGUGGCUGCCAGCUUCCUUGUGAGCAAGAAGAUCGGUCUCCUGACCACCAUGGCUAUCCUCCUGCAUGAAAUCCCCCAUGAGGUGGGCGACUUUGCCAUUCUGCUCCGGGCCGGCUUUGACCGAUGGAGUGCAGCCAAGCUGCAGCUCUCGACGGCACUGGGGGGCCUGCUGGGCGCCUGCUUCGCCAUCUGUACGCAGUCCCCCAAGGGAGUAGGUACGGGCAUGGUGGGUGGUAGUGACAGGUGGCAGCCAGCAGAGGGGCCCCGGCCAAGGGCACCCCUGCCCACCCCGGGUAUCCAGGCCAGGCUCUGCCCCCGGUCCACCCUGGGAGGGGGUGCGGUACACACAGCUCCCCUGGGCUGCCAGCCAGUCAGGCCUUCUCCCACUGCAGAGGAGACUAUGGCCUGCAUCCUGCCCUUCACCUCUGGCGGCUUUCUCUACAUCGCCCUGGUGAACGUGCUGCCCGACCUCUUGGAGGAAGAUGACCCAUGGCGCUCCCUGCAGCAGGUGCUUCUGCUCUGCAUGGGCAUCGUGGUGAUGGUGCUGUUCUCGCUCUUCGUGGAGUAACGGCCCGACUCCCCACCCCCCGCACAGCAAUAAGAGACUGGGAUUUACUCUGUGACCACGUGUGAGGCAGAGAGGGCAAGUGCCUGUGCGAGCGAGCGAGCCUCGGACCCAAUGAGAGGAUGGGGUGUGUGUGUGCGUGCAUGGCGUGCACGUGUGACCAGGAGUGUGUGUGACCGACACUGUGAUCCCUUGUGCAUGGGCCCAGGGCCCAGGGCCCAAGCCUGCUCCCACUGCGAAUCACGCUGUGGUCCUGUCUCCCUAUCAUCUUGCACCUCCCGGAGUGAGCAGUGAGGAAAGAGCAGCAUUAGUCCACAGCAGAGGCCUCUCCCCACCAGGACCCCAAGGGGAGUGAGGGCAGCCCAAGGAGCCCCAGGGUGCAGAGCCCCAAAGCCCCCGCUGGGGCCUCAUGAGUCCCUGGCUGAGGGAGUAAACCCCCCGCUCAUGCACCCAGCCCUGGGCAGCCUAGGGGCUGAGGCUGGGGUGACUGCUCUGCUGUGCCCAUCAUCCUGAUCCUUCCUUUGCCAGCUCUAAGGCCAAAGAAAGGAGAGGCGGCUGCUCGUGUAACCCCCAGCACCGCUCAGCACUGACAGUUCUCGUCCCAGCAUGAGGCUGGGAGAUGCUAAGACCUUUUCCUCAUGGCUACCUACCCUCGGCCAGCUCCUGUUCCCCCGGUAGUGCCAGCAGCUCCUGCCACCUCCAGCUGCCAAACAGCAGCCUGCAGGGCAGCCAGGAGUCCUGGGCCAGAGAGGCCUCCCAGUCCAGCUCAGGGAUGCUCAUGCCAGCACAGGGUCCAGGCAGAUCCUCGGGGGGCAGGAAGAGAGUGAGCCAUGGCUGCCUCUCCCUGCUCGGGCCCCUUUUCCUGUCCCACUGUGGGUGGGGGUAAAGUGGGGGUAGUGAAGGCUCCAUGUUGUCAGCACUCAGGAAUGUGCUCUGGGAGAAUGCUGAAGCCAUAAUCCCCAGCUAUUUCCCUUGGCUGGUGCCCAGGUACACAGCUGGCCCACUCCACAGCCAGGCUCCAGCCCUGCUGCUCAACUGUGGAAGGUUUGAGAAGUGGCCAUCAAGAGGGUCUGAAUGGUAUUAGUUUUGCUGUGGUUCGAUUUGUAACUGUAAAUACUUGUUCUGUAGAUAAGAUGCAAAUAAAUAUUAUACACAAACCCAC